ACACACUUGCUGCAGUCAGCCUGAUUGCUCUAAGUUUUAAAGCUUCAUUAAAUAUUCAAUUCGAGUACACUUGCUUUAAUUGGAACGGCCAUUAAUUGGUAUAUGCCUAAGUAAACUGCCAAGUCUUCUUAAUCUUUAAAAAUCUGUUCACAUCAUCAGGUCUAAUUUGCUGCAAAAUGAGUUUGAGUCUGUUUAAAGAAAUUUUAUGCGAGUUUUUUGGGACUUUUAUGCUGAUGUUCUGCGGCACAUCUUCCAUAGUAUUGAGCGCCAACUCACCCAACAUCGACGACAUACUAGUGCCGGCGUUUUGUUUCUUCUGUAUCAUAGUGGCCCUAGUGCACCUAAUUGGACCCACUUCGGGGUGCCACAUCAACCCAGCAGUGACUCUUGGAUUGACACUGAUGGGAAGGAUCCACCCCAUUCAUGCAUUUCUCUAUUCUGUUGCACAGAUGAUAGGUGGCAUUGUUGGCACUGGCUAUGUGUACUUGCUCUCUCCGCGUGACUGGGUGGACAAUUGCAGUCUGGGAAUGACAAAGGUGCAUCCCUCUCUCAACGUGUACCAAGCAGUGGGUUGGGAAGUCACCAUCACUGCUCUAUUGGUACUCACCGUUCUCCUGCUCAAUGAGAGCAAUCCAAACCGAGAAUUCGAGGGCGUUCCUGCUUACAGCGCCGGAUUCGCAGUAGUGGCGUGCAUCUUCACCGGCGCCGGAUUCACCGGGGCUAGUUUAAAUCCGGCUAGAUCCUUCGCCCCUGCCGUAAUCAUGUGGGACUUCAAAGAUCAAUGGGUGUACUUUGUCGGCCCUUUGGGCUCCUCAUUUGUGGCUGUCCUUAUUUACAAAUACCUGCUACGGGACGGAAUCAUACGUACGAACCCCCAUGAAUUGCCACAGCAAUACCAACUGCAUUUGCAGCAACAACAAGAAAAAGACCAACAGCAAAAACAGGGCAAAAAAGAGGAAAAGUCUGAAGAAAUGACCACAACUGUUCAUCUAAAUGUAGGAAACGAGUCAUCCAAAGCAUAAAACUCUUAAAGUAAAAAGUUAAAAGCUUCCCAGAUAUUUUCAAUUGAAAUAACGUAACGAUGAA